CCUAAAUUAAAAAUAAAUACGCCGAUAACGAUGUGAUAAGAACCCCAUUGAACAGUUCACUCAGAUAUCCCAUCAACAUAUUUGGUUAUCGUAGUCAAACUACGCCAUACCACGUAACAUUAUGGAGAACAAAUUUGGAUGUUUAUGUAUGCUUCUUUUUGUGUCGGUAGUAUGGCAAGAUGUCUCAGCAAACAACUCCACCGGCGGUCUACGCUGUUACUCGUGCUUUGCAACCGGCGGCCACAACGAAUGUGAAGACUACAACACGUUUAAGAAAGCCAUGAGCGGAAAAGGAAACCCGGGUGUUAAAAAGAACUGUACAGAGCCAUUUGAUAAUGUGUGCAUCAUAGAGACCUUUGCAAUACUCGGUGCGACAGUGUCUCAUAUCAGAGACUGCAGUGACGGUCAUCAGUUCUCAUUUACAUCGUCAUUACAAAAUAACAGGAGUGCUUAUGAUCGCCUUUAUCGACUGCAACCCAACAACGAGACGGCUUGUGUGUGGGACGGGCAAAACCAAGUUUGUCUAACAAAGUGUAACACUGACUUUUGUAAUGGUCCAGUUCUGGAUGAAGUGAACGGCGCUUUUGUUGCCCCGGCGAUUACGUUGGGCGCUUUGUUGUCCACGGUUGCCGUUACUCUUAUGUUAAAUUAACAUUUCGUAUUUAUUUCUAAUGUAUCAUAUUUAGACGUACUCAAAAGUUUUGAAAUAGGAACAAAUUUACAAACCGUCCCUCAGGAUAUCUGAUUAUCGAAUAUACACAUAUUACGAAUAUGUCUUAAUUCUCUAUGAUGCAUGUGAUGAAAGGUUCGUGGUAUUCACUCUACAUACGAUAUAUAUUUUACACAUAAAAUGGCGCAAACAAGAUUUAAAAAAAACCUAUGUGCAUUAUAGAGCUUUUAAGUUUUGCGUUUAACCGCAACGAGUGAGACCAUAAUGAUUUUUAGUCUCAUUUGUAAUAUAACAACAUGUGUAAAGAUAUUUACUUAAAAUAUAUUACAAUUGAAAUUUCUUUUAUACCUAAGCAUAUAUGAAAUUUUUGCAGUGAAAUAACAGCAGUGAAAAUAAACAAAUUGUUAUUUUUACCGAUGAAAAU